GCGCCGGUAUUACAGUCUUUCUAGCGCUUGUAGCCACAGUGUGCGCGCACGCUUCUCUUCGGUGUUAGAAGAGGCGCAGAUUUUUUUUUCCCGUCUGUUCUCUCGAGAAUACUGAUUGACACAGACAGCUUUUCAGUCUCGACUCUUUUACUUAGAAAGCAGUUUGUAAUCGCUUUUAAUCAUGAUUGAGAAGAAAAGUGAGAUAAACGGACAUGCUGUAUCCGAGACCGUUAUUCCGGUCGACUCGGUAAAACUAGAGAAGAGAAAUUUCCAGGAGAAGUUUAAGUCCUUUUUACGUAGGAAUCUCGUAGUGAUUCUGACGGUUUCAGGAGUCCUUGUCGGGGUCGGGCUCGGCGUGAUAGUCCGCAAAAUGAACCUGACACGAGCGCAGAUGACUUACUUCGCGUUUCCCGGUGAGAUGCUGCUCAGGAUGCUGAAGAUGAUCAUUCUGCCUCUCGUGGUGUGCAGCCUAAUCUCGGGCUCUGCCAGCCUGGACACUCGCUCCCUGGGAAAACUCGGUGGGAUCGCCGUGUCCUACUUUCUGAUCACCACGCUCAUAGCCUCGUCCAUUGGCGUUGCCCUGGCUUUCCUCAUCAAGCCCGGGGUUGGCGCUGGAGCUCUCAACACCAACAGCCUGUCGCUGGAGAGCGUCAGCAACAACAAGGAGACCGCAGACUCGUUCUUGGAUCUAGCAAGAAAUCUGUUUCCAUCUAAUCUGGUAGCUGCUGCUUUUCGCUCAUAUGCUACAGACUACAAGAUGAUUGCAGUGGGAAACACCACAAAUGGGACUAUACUCUAUCAAAAGGUGCCAGUGGGAACAGAAGCAGAUGGGAUGAACAUUCUCGGUCUGGUUCUGUUUGCCAUGGUGUUCGGGGUGGCCUUGAGAAAGCUGGGAGCUGAAGGGGAGGAGCUCAUACGUUUCUUUAAUGCCUUCAAUGAAGCAACUAUGGUACUGGUAUCUUGGAUCAUGUGGUAUGUACCAGUUGGCAUUAUGUUCCUGGUAGGCAGUAAGAUUGUGGAGAUGGAGGAUGUGGUUCUGCUUGUCACCAGUUUAGGAAAAUACAUCUUUGCCUCAAUCCUGGGUCAUAUUAUUCAUGGAGGCAUUGUCUUACCUCUUAUCUACUUUGGAAUCACUCGCAAAAACCCCUUCAGUUUCCUCUCUGGCCUGAUAACACCUUUUACCACAGCCUUUGCCACCUGUUCCAGCUCAGCAACACUGCCCUCUAUGAUUAAAUGUGUUGAGGAGAACAAUGGUGUGGACAAAAGAAUCAGUCGUUUUAUCCUGCCAAUUGGAGCUACUGUAAACAUGGAUGGAGCCGCUAUCUUCCAGUGCAUUGCUGCUGUAUUCAUUGCUCAACUCAACAAUGUCGAUCUUAAUGCGGGUCAGAUCUUCACUAUUCUUGUAACAGCUACAGCAUCCAGUGUUGGAGCGGCAGGCAUUCCAGCGGGGGGAAUCAUCACCAUUGCAAUUAUUUUGGAAGCCAUUGGCCUGCCUACCAAUGAUCUGUCACUAAUGCUGGCUGUGGACUGGAUUGUAGACCGAACCACCACUGUGGUAAAUGUGGAAGGUGAUGCUCUGGGUGCUGGGAUCCUGCACCAUAUAAAUGAACAGGAGUUGAAAAAGCAAAAACAUUUAGGCAACCAGCAGGAAGAGGAAGAACUGAAGGAGGUUAAAGUGGAAGCCGUGGCUAACACUCAGGCUGAGGAGGAAACAUCGCCUCUCGUCACACACCAAAAAGUGGGCGAUAACUGCUCACAUAACUCUGCUGAUGAAAAGGAUGGUGUGGAGUCUGUGUGCUAAACUUACUGUCGUCUAACCACUGAAAGCAGUUUAUAAUUUCAAAGCAUUUCCAAACUCUUACUCCUUACUCCUCUCUGAAAUAUGGGAAUACGUGCAGUAUCUCCCCCCCAUCAAGUUGUGAAACAUACUGUAAAAUUUCUUUGUGGUAUUAGCAUAAUAGAUUGGGUGAGAUCAGUGUGGUUACAUUCGUACUAUUUUUAUUGUGCCAAAACGAUGAAUUAAUCUCUCCUUUGGGACAACAAUUCCAUUUGUACAAGGCUAAAAGGGAGACUAUUCCCUUUUUUAAGAGUUGUUUAAGAUGAAAGAAGAGAAUCAUUUACAGAUUGACCUCUCUCCCUGGCUCUAUUUAUUUGCUGUAUCUUUUUUCCACCUAUGAAACAUUAACCAUUUUGAAGAUGGAUACGAAAACGUGCUGUAAAUAUUUGUUUCCCUGAUGGCAUAAUGUCUUAUCACAGCUCAGUUGAUUCAUGGUCUAGGGACACUGAGAUUUGCUGUGGACUGCAUUGCAAAAUGACUAUUAGAAUAUAUCUUUUGGUGCUUGAUUUCACUUGGUUUUGCCAAUAACAGGCAUAAUAUAAAGUAAAUCGUCAUUUGUCAUACUUCUGGGCAUGUAUGUACAAUUUCUCAUGGAUAGCAGAAAGGCUACUAUAGAUAUAAGAUGCUGUAGCGACACCCAGUGUUAUAUGUGUUAUAUGUGUCAUUCUUGGUAAAGUUUUCCUUAUGUUCAGGUGUUAAACUUCACUUAAAACAUUUAGUAGACCACUGACAGACAAAAUGACAUGUAUGUUUAUUUGUUUAUAUUUUUGUGUUGAUUUUCGGCUAAAUGUGAAUGCCUAAUCAACUUUAAAUAGCCAUUGAAUUAUGGAUAUGGUGAGUGAGAAUUACAACUGCUAGGUAAACUCGUGAUUUUACAUAAUUUCUUGUAAUUUUGUUACUUUUAUACAAAAUUUGUUAAACAUAUUUAUCUAAAUGCUGAAAGCAUUGGCUGCCAAGUUGGUAAAAUGUGUUGUUGGCUGGUUUGACAAGUUAAUACCACUGUAUGUGUUAAUGUGUUUUUAAGAUAUUACUGGUACAAACAAUAAUACAUAAUUUAAUUUUAAAACUGUGAACUCUGUAACUACUACUACUGAUUUCUCUCAGCUUCUUUUUUUUUUCAUUAAAUCAAGAGC